AGGCAGGCCCGUCUUAGAGGGGAUCCCUGGGGGGAAAGAGACGAGCAUAGGUUCCUCCCAAGAUGCCACCCGCUUCAUUCAAGUGUCUGGCAGCACUGUGUUCCUGUUAGAGCCACCAGCACAAGCACCAGACGAUGCUGAUCCAGGUGAAGGCCCCAGUGCAGCAGCAACAGCACAUGAUGGAGACGAUGAUGAGGAGGAGACCAUCUCUCUGGAUUCCAGAAGGCAUGAGGACCCAGAUGCUAUACAGUGGGAAAACCAGCCUGGCAACAUAGUGCGUAUUAAUAAAAGGACACCACAUCCUGCCAAAUUCCAGCUGCGCUAAUUGUAUUGUGUUCACAGAGCUCACAAGCUAUCAGAAAGUUGUAUGGCAACCACCUCCGGCGCCAAAUAGAACUGGCAGACAUAGACAUUCAGUACAAGAAGAAAAAGAUGGAAAAUCUUGCCCUGGAGUCCGAAAUAAAAAAGAGGACAAUUAGGAAACUGGACCUUGAAAUAAAAAAACUUGAGAGGGAGCUCCAAGAAGAUGACACAGCUGAAAAUAAAAAUUAGCAAUCAGUACAACCAAGUCAUCGUUAUAAGGCAUCGCCCUCUUUUGCCCACCCCCCCAGCACCAGGUGUGGCCACUAGCCUAUAUGAAGGCCCAAAAUUGUGUGUUCCUUUCUGCUCUGACAAUGGCAUGCCCAUUCGUGCGAGAUGUGGUGGAUGAAGAAGCACUUGUGCUGAGGAGAGCCUUCAGGCGAGAAAGGGUCUUCAGGGACCGGUUGGACCCACUGGCCUUCCCUGAUGACCAUCUAUAUGAAAGAUACAGGUUUUCUGCAGAUGGCAUCAGGUAUCUAUGCAGACUACUGGGUCCCAGGAUUAAGCACCGCACUGCACGGAGCCAUGCACUGAGUGUGGAGCAAAUGGUUUGUGUGGCCUUGCGCUUUUUUGCUAGUGGAGCCUUCCUGUACUCAGUGGGGGAUGCAGAACAGCUGAACAAGGCCACAAUUUGCCGCACAAUAAGGAGUGUGUGUCUGGCUAUCAAAGCAUUAGCAGAUGUCUUCAUCUCCUUCCCUGGCCACAGAAGACUCUGUGACAUCAAAGAGGAGUUCUAUAGGAUUGCAGGUUUCCCCAAUGUCAUUGGUGCAGUGGACUGCACACACAUAAGGAUAAAAGCCCCCUCAGGUGCCCAUGAGGCCGAUUUUGUGAAUAGGAAAUCCUUUCACAGCAUUAAUGUUCAGAUGGUCUGCAAUGCUGACUGUGUGAUCAGCAAUGUUGUGGCAAAAUGGCCUGGCUCAGUCCAUGACUCCAGAAUCUUUCGGGCCUCUGAAAUCUAUCAGUGCCUAUCACAAGGUGAAUUCUCUGGUGUGUUGCUGGGAGACAGGGGGUAUGGCUGCCAGCCUUUUCUCCUGACACCUUUCACAGACCCCCAGGAAGCACAGCAGGCCUACAACCAUGCCCAUGCCAGGACCAGGGCCAGAGUUGAAAUGACCUUUGGCCUCCUGAAGGCACGCUUUCACUGCCUUCACAAAUUAAGGGUCAGCCCUGUUAGGGCAUGUGAUAUUACUGUGGCUUGUGCUGUCCUCCACAAUGUGGCCUGCCUGAGGAAGGAGAGGGCCCCCAGAGUGCCACCAGCCAUGGACUGGGACAAUCCGGCAAUCUUCCCUGAUGACGACAGUGGUCGGCUGCUGAGGGACCAAUAUGUGUUGAAUUAUUUUAGUUAGUAUGUGUGCUUUCAAUUUUGGUUAAAUAUGUCCUGCGGUGGCAGAGGAAUUUGGGUUUUUUUGGGUUCGUUUUUUUACGAAUUUGGCCUCUUAUGAUGUUUGUGCGGUAUACUGUGUGUAAUACAAGGCUGCAGGGAGGCUACUGCAUCCAUUCAUUUGUCUGUUCAGUUGAUGUGUAUGGAUUUGUCCUGCAUUUAUUUUAGUGUGCAGACAUGCAGGGUGUGUUAUAUACAGACCUUUGAAUGUGUAUGUAUCAUUUUGUAUAAUAUGCUUGGAUUCUGUGCUUUCCAUCUUGUAGAGUCACUGUGACUUCAGUUUCGAAAGGAGCUGAUGGUUUACCUGCUUUGUUUUGUCCUUAUUCAAUAAAGGAACAUAAUGUUA